UUCCAAGUUUUAUAUACCUUUCCAGCCCUUUUUUUUUUUUGUUACAACUUUCUAGCCUUUGUAUACCUUAAUUAUGUGUGUUUGAACGAAACCCACAGUAUAUUACCUUUAUUAACGGCUCUCACCACACCAUACACCUCUUGUCUGCAUAUUACACAUUAUAGCCGGCUAAAAACCAAACCCAAAGUUGCCAAAACCUCUAAUCCAAAACAGAUCUUAUAACUAGGAGGCUUAAUGGGUUGCCCGCAUGGAGUUUUGGGGCAUAAGAAGUGGGUGUUGCUUUGAAAGUGUUACCGAGUAAAGAAAGUGAAGAUGUCAAGUCAAGUUGCAUCAGAUGAACAUCAACCUGUGAUGUCAGAUUCUAAUUUGCAAGAGCAUAGUUUGGAAGCCAAAAAUGACAUCAAUCAAUUGGAAUAUGAUGGUAUUAGAUAUGAUAAGUUAGCUCCGGAAGACCUUAUAGGCUUGAUGUUUGAAACUGUAGAGGCAGCAGAGGCAUUUUACUAUGCUUAUGCAAAAGUAGUUGGUUUUGAUGUUAGAAAAGAUGAUAAGAGAACAAGUACAAGGACUGGGAGAGUCACUAUCCGCAGAUGGGUUUGUUCUGCAGAGGGGGAAAGACUAGAGAAAUAUGUGAACAACAAUAACAGGGUACGUAUGCCAAAGAAAUUGACAAGGUGUCACUGCCCAUGUUUGUUCAAGGUAAGGUACUUGAAAGAGAGGAACUCGUAUGUUGUAGUUGAUUUCAAAACACAUCAUUCACAUGAUCUUGCAAAGUCACACGAGUCUCAUUUUCUCAAGUCACAUCGGUCUGUCUCAGAUUGUCAUUUAGCUCUAGCCACAUCCAUGCGGAGAGUAUCCAUUAAGACUUGUCAUGCAUAUCAUUAUAUGGCUGACAGAUCUGGAGGGUUUGCGAAUGUUGGUUUCUUAAUGAAAGACUUGUACAAUAAAUUAGACUCGAAUCAACGUGAAAUUGUACUUGAAGGAGAUGCAAAAGCCGCACUUGCCUAUCUGGAAGGAAAAGCAGCUGAAGAUAAGAAUUUAUUUUGCAGAUAUAGCACAGAUGAGAAUAAUAGGUUGGCUAACUUAUUUUGGAGAGACUCAACUUCAUUUCUAGAUUAUUCUUGCUUUGGGGAUGUUUUGGUAUUUGAAUUCAUGUAUAAGACUAAUCAUUAUGGGAUUUGUUCAAUCGUUCAAUUGAGUUGCAUGGUAGGACAAUGAGUAUUUGUUCUUCAGAAUUUCAACAUAUUAUGGGUGUACCAGAAGGAGGAACGAAUAUAGAUUUCAUUGCCUCGAGUGAUGUCAACUCUGAUACGAACAUGCGCCGGGAUGUUUUUGUUGGAAAAUCUGACAGCAUAUCAAUUCCUAACCUAUUACAGAGGUUAGAUGACACAGCAGAUGACAAUUUCAGAGUCAGUUUCAUUUUAUUAGCAUUGGGUACCUUACUUUGUCCCACUACAUCAACAA